AUGGUCAAGGUUACUGGAAUACUGGACAAAUCGUUGAGCCGUGGCAAAGCCGAGGUUUUUUGUCUUGAGAUUUCCUCAUAACCAGGGACUUUGAGGUUAAUCUGUCUACAUUUGCCGUUCUAUUUUCCGAAAUGGUUCGUUAUGCACAAAAUCGUUCAGAAACCGUCACAGAUAUUCAUGACAAGUCAGUAUUCUUUGCUUGUUCCCUGGAACUGAGACUUGCUCAGACUUGCAUCCUACGGAAAACAAGUGGGAUAUCGGAUGUUCGACAUCAUCACUUUGAGAGAGAAGGGCUACAAGCGCGAGACGAAGCUUUUAGGUGAUCUUCAACCAAAAUUAUUUUUUAAACACAGAUUCAGGUAUUUUGAUGUUUAUCAAGUCGACGGUGUGGAAGAAUCUUUUUGGAAAGGAAGCUGACAAAUUAGAGCGAUCCAAUGACGAUCAGUGCACUUGUGAGUCGACUCCUGCUUUCUUUUACCCAUUUUCAUUGAUGCUAGACCUUCUGAUCGAGAAGGAUCCCAUGGUCAACACGUUCAUCUCCGUUCCCAAAGACAAGGGUGUUUUGAAUUGCGCCGCUUUUGUCGCGGGAAUCGUCGAGGCAAUUUUGGAGGUUUUUGUACGAAUUUAAUUGAAAAUCUGACUUUCUUCGCCCAACUCCAGGGAUGUACGAGAUCGGAGCAAUAGUCUCCUAAUUCUUUUCUCAGAUAAUGUUAAUUAGACUUUUAAAAAAAGCCGUAACACCUGGGAAAUCUCCAGUUGGAGCAAAAAAUCUAGUUAAAAAUAUUGAUUUCACAAAGUAAUCUUUUUUUAGUUUAUUUAAUGAUCAAUUUUUUUGAAAUUUUUUUCUAAAAAAAUUAAGUCUCUGAUUAUCUGGGCGAGCCUUCUCGGCAAUUAAAUUCGGAAGGUCUUUCAGUCGGCGUCUUUCACGUGCAAAGUGACGGCUCACUGGCACAGCGGCACGGCCUACGUCAUACAGUUCGACGAAUCCGUUAUUCAGAGGGAAACUUCUCUUUUAGAGGCCAAUCGAUAAAUCAUUCGCUUAUUGAUGUCUAUAUUUUCACACGGGUUAUAAACAUUUUUUUAAACUUUGAGCGGGUUUUCUUUUAUUUCACGUCAAUGCGAAUCAACUACAGAAAUCAAGAACUUUGACUUUUCCAACUAACCUUUUUUCAGCUUCCCACGAUGAAUGCCUUUACUCUAUCCAUGAGCUUCUUCCUAUUGUCGACUGUUUUUUCUUUGGAGUUGAAAAAUAGGUUUUUACACAAGAAGUCAAAGAUUAAGCUCGUUCUCAGUAUCUGGUUGGAAAUGUUCUAUUUUGUGAUAAUUUGUAAAACACUUCCGAAACGUUUCUUUGCUGAUUUCUACUCACAAAACUUGCAUCCUGGCUUAAAAAGUUUAAAAAAACUCUUCAAUUGAUUGUAGCACUUCUUCCGGUUACGAAAACGUGGAAGGUGAAGACACGCUAUUUGAGCUUUUGAGUCAGUUUUUUUUUUCUUUAGGUGAUGUCAAACAUCUUUUUUAGUUGAUAAAGUGAGAGAUUACUACUGGAAGCUGCAUUACCUGAAAGUAGCCCGAGAGAGACUCAUUUGGAGGCUCGUCGACCUGCUGAAUAGUGGGUUUUCUUUUUCUUUUUAUAGAAGAAAGUUAUUUUUCAUAGAAAAAAAUGACUCAUCUGUUCAAGUAGAAGAUUCGUUUUUCAGUGCUUAGAAAAGGAAAGAAGAAGAAAAAAAUGAAACAAAAAAAUAUAGUCUGUUCAGAUUUUUUUAAUGUCAACCAGCUAACUCCGCCCCCCGCUGAGAAGGUACCUUUUUCGCGUCGAUGUUUUUAUCGCGCGAGACUAAUUUUGAUCUUUUUUUGAUCUAAAAAGAUAGAAAAAAAGAAAGUCAAAAAAAUGCAGCCUUAUUAAAGGGACAUCGUCAUCUGUAGAUAAAAAAUUGACGCGAAAGAUAUUGUAGCCUUGGGGGCGGAGUUAGCUGCUUGACAUUAAAAAUCUGAACAGACUAUAUUUGAUUUAUAGAAAAAGUUAACGAAACGCUCUUUUUUUCCAAAACAGCCUAGACCCAAAUGGCGCAGAACAAGUCUGCGCCUAAUGAAUGAAGGCAUGAAUUGAGAGAAUUUCUAAAAAAAAAUUGUCAAAAAAAAUGUGUGUCAGAUAUAACUAAAUAUUGAAAAAUGGUUGAGAGUUUGAGGAACUGAAAAAGACGUAGACAUAUCGAAAGAGGACAGGCAUUUCAACGUGACUUAUGAGGCGAUUCGAAACAUUCUCGAAGACCAAAGUCGCACUCUCAGCAAUGUGCAAAAGUUCGUUAUUUUCACCAGAAAUGGCCUGACCAGCGAUUUUUAUUAAAGUAUAAUUCUUAUUCAGUUUUAAAUGCUUUAGAAACGAAAAAUAAAUUUAAAAUUUUCAGAGUUCUCGGGGAAACGAUUCCAAAGAUUGAUCACGCUAUGCAAUAUUUUUAUUACUGUAUGUUGGCCAUCCUUCUCGUUUUACUCGCAGUCUUCUUAGGAGCAUGUUUUUUGUUAUUGCUUGAUUAGGAAUCAUUUUUCCUAAAGCGAGAUUCAUCAUAUUUCAUGUUUGCUAUAUUUCAAGCAGCUCAGUUAAAAAUAUUGAGAAAAAUUUUGGACUCAAAAUUACAAUUCUCCGCUUCGAACUUCAUUGAAAUUUACGUCUAUCUUUCUUCUAAUUUAGUAUUUUUUUGAGUGUUCAAGUUAACUUGUGUUAACUUGUGUUAAGGUUACCUAUUUUUUUAAUUGUCUAUAGGCUCGAUGCAAAAUCCUCUGAAAGCUCAAAUGUACGGGUCCUAGGGCAGGUAUUGUGCGGGAUUUUUAAUCUGAAGGAUAUUUUUCACUAACUCGAAAAUCAGUAAAGCUGUUUUUUUAUUUCCGUUUUAUUUUUUUAAAAUGUUUAUUUUUUUCCUACUUUUCAUCAAUCACAUUUUGAAAAUUUCGUUGACUUCUCACAGGCUCCUCUUAUGUUGUGUACCGUUGUUUUUUCAUCAUAUAUAUUUCUUAUUGUUAAUUAUUGUUUUUUGUUAAAAAAAAUUUCAAAAAAUAACGUUUUUUGGGGUUGAUUCCGGUUUCAGAUCCUUUCCAUAUCGAACCAUAUUCGUUAAAAUUUUAUUCAUUAUUUUUUUCAGGAGCCAUCAGAGUUAUUUUUAUAUUUGUGAAAAACGUUUGAUUUUUUUCCUUCGACUUGGGAUGAAAAAUUGCCCGAUCGACUGCCUCAGUAUCACGUAGAAGUCUGAGCUCGAAAUUUUCCCAAAAAAGCGAUGUGGAAGUGGGUUUUUUUUUAUCUCCGAGUUGUUUCGCGUUCAGAAGAAAAAAAUAUUUUGAUGAUUGUUCUGAAAAAAAAUGCGAUUUCUAUAUUUUAACUGCUGUUUUUUCGUCUGUUUCUAUAGCAGUUUCUAUAGUAAAUUUUCGUUUUAUUACUAUUUUUUUUCUGUGUAUUCAAAAACGGUUGCCUGGUCCUUGUAAAGAAUCUACUUUGCUUUGCGGCUAAGAAUUUUCUGGAAGCUGGAAUCUGCACAACUUGAAUGAAAUGAAAUGAAAAUUUCUGUUUUUCGAGAAAAAAAUUUCGCAGGUUGUGACUUUCAAGAUGACUCUCUGGUUAAUUGAAGAGUAUUCUAUAUAGAGAGCUUCCAAGAAACUAUCGACUGCGAAGUAAAAUAAGCUUCUUUUUUUUAUAUUAUCGGGACUUUCGUUGCGAGUUUGAAAAGAUUUUUUUUCGAGCGAUAGGAAGUUUAAUUUGCUAGACAAAGCGAUGAUUUAUUUGACACUUCGCCCCACCCAAGGACUAAAGUUAACUAAAAUUUUGAACAGACUUCAAUGGGACGAAAUAAUUUCCGUUUUUUAGUUCAAGCCGAAGAUCAUUGAGACUGUUCCAAAGGACCUCCACAAAUAUUUAUUCCCAGGAAUUCCGGUUCCUUCGACGUCGUCUUCUUCUCAAAUUCCGCUGCAGUUACCAUGCCUGACUGAUCGAACAAUUACCGACCAUUUUCGGUAUUAAGUGGAGUCAUCUUGUUAUUCAUUGCUCAAAAUUUUGAGGAAAGUUUCACAACGACAAAUUGAAGCCUAUCAUGAGCUCUUGAUAAAGGCUAGUCAGGUCGACUUGGAAGAAGCUCAAAGGGCGCUUAAUAAAAUUGAUGUUUGUUAGAAAACAGUUCUUGUGUUAAAAUUUUUUCGCAGACUAAGAAAAGCUGGGUUUUUCGCUCAGGAUGGACUCGUUACUCUUUCGACGGGAUAGUUACAGAGGUUGGAAGAGAAUUUGAAGAGAUAGUAUUUUUUUGUGAAGGUGGACUAUCCAAAGGAAGACUUUCUGUUCUUUGACGUUGAAGUAUGCGUCACAGAAGGCAAUUUGCCAACCCUAGCCAUCGCUCUCGCCACCGACGCUUGGUCUCUUUUUUCUCCUUUUUUAAUCUUCUGAUAAUUUUUUGAAGGUAUGGUUGGUGUAGUCAACGGCUCGUUGAAGGAGCGGAGAUUCCAAUGCGGCCAACUCAGGAAAACUUGAUUCCUCUAGGCGGUACUUCAACUAAAAACAAAAUCUACGGUCCAGGAAGAAUUUCAGAUACUUCACGAGAAAGAGUUGUGAUUGGUCAUAACGUGGGGUACGACAGAGCGAGAUGUCGCGAGCCGUAUGACAAAAAGGUUGUCGAUGACCCCGCUAUUCGAGUUCUUCAGCAACUUUUUCCUGUGUUUUUGAACCAAUCUUGGUUGUCAGUUUUGAACGACAGGAAAAAUUCAAGAAAAAAAAGUUCCCCAACUCGAAAUUUUUUGAGAUGUCUGUUUCUCUUUUCUCUCAUCGACGCUCUAGCUUUCCACGUUUUAAUCAAGAACUGUCUUAUGUUUUUCAUGCAGUUUAUCAGUUUUGGAACAAGUUUCAAUUGUUAGAAAGCUCUUUUAAUGCAUUUUCUCUUUGCUUUCCAGCCCGGGAAGAUCCGGUUCAUGGACACGAUGUCGAUGUCGAUCCCGAUGUUCGGCAUGGCCGAUCACCAGCAGACCAUCUACGAGAAAAACGACAUCGAGUUGCCUCCAGAGGUCUUUUUUCCAACCUCUCAAAUAAGAUUCUCGAGCUUCAGAUGGAAUGGCUCGAUGCGUGGAAACGUCGGGUGUCGAGGAAAUUCUCUCGCCGCAGUUCACGACCACUUCUUUUUCGACCCAAACCGUCUGAAUCUUUUCUCAAUAUCUCGGCUCAAAUCACUUUUGAAGGAAACUCGAGGACUCUAGCGAAAAAGGAAAAACGCGCCAGCUUUGUCAAAGACAGCAUUGAGGAUAUCCGCAACGAUUUCCAGGUGCAAAAACUUCGGUUUAUAGGGAAAUCUUUCAAAUCGUUAGGUUGAUAUAUUGCACUUUAUGUUAAGGAAAACCUUUUAUUCUUCCAAAAAUUGCAAUAGAAUGUUGAAAAGAUAAUUUUAAUAGUAUUUUCUAUUCUACAAUCUGAAAGAUUGAUAUCAUGUUCUCGGAGCUAAGAACCAUUUUCGAAACUUUUUUAAUUUGAUGCAGACUUUCGUCUAUAUAAUACAGCAAGGAGUUUGAGAACACGUUUGAGUUUCAAGUUUUCGCUGAAGUAUUUGUGUAGAUUUCUAGGCCUUGAUGACUUACUGUGCCUACGACAACGUCAUGUGCGCUCAGAUUUACUUCAAGCUGUGGCCAGAAUUUCAGACACGGUGCUUUUCUUCGGGCUUCUGGUCAAUAAGAAAAAAAUAUCAGAUUUCCUCAUCCGGCAACCUUAGCAGGAAUGUUGAAUAUGGGCAACGCUUACCUCCCAAUCAAUCAGAAUUGGCCGAUGUUUUACGACGUGAGCUUUGCAUGCUCUAAUUCUACAACCUCUGUUUCUAGAUGAACACAAAGAUUUGUGAAGAGAAGAAAAAGUUGUCGGCUAGAGCCAUCGUUUCCUCGGCACGCGAAUCGUUGGAUUCGUUCGUAAAUUAAGUUUUCCAAAUAGUAUUUUAUUUUCCUCAGUGGUAUAACAGCGGAUGACGUUUGGCUUUGGAUGCAUUCGUGGGAUCUCAAUAGGAAAACCGGCUAUCCAGAGUAGAUUUCCUCUGAGUAAUAGAAACAGCCUUGAGUAUCAGAUGGUAUUGCAAGCUCUUCAAGAAUCGAACCAACAUGGCGCAUCGUCUUGAAGAGCUCACUUCUGAUGACAUAGUUAGUGGAAACAGGCAACUUUCUUGCUUCAACUUGAUUUAUAGGUUCUGAAAAGCGCCGUUAUCCCAUGUAUUUUCGGUCUUGUUUACGGUCCCUACCCGAUGAUGCGGAUGAGAAAUCACGGCUGGGGCUAUCUGGUACCGACAAAAAGCGCCGAAACAAGUUCAACUCUCUCUGAUUAUUUUGGUAAUUUUCUUUUCAGGCAACGAGAUUCUUUUGAAGUUGCCAGAUGCACAGAACAAGGAUUUAUUUCUCGAUUUUCCGUUGAAGUUUUAAUUCAAGAUUGCAAAGUGAUAAAAGCGUUAUGCAUAGGAAAUUCGUCGAAGAGGUUCAGAAAAAUAGAUUCAUGUACGGCGAGAUUCCGCUGGACGAGUCCAAAGGCUUGGCGGUCGACCAACUCGGCCUCGUCCGCUUCUACCAACUUGCUCAUCCAGUUCGCGCCCAAGUCUUUUAUUGUUUAUCUUCAUUUUUAGUCCGGAGAAGGCAACGUAGGCGAUCCCCUGACAAAACAUUACGCCAAAGACUUGGAGGCUAACGUCAUCCGUCCAACGAGGUUUAGUUCGAAUCACCGCAAGUCUUGAUAUGUGUACCACAGGUUCCUCGAAGAGUUCAAAGUUGUUCUCGACUCUCUCCAAGCAACGCGUUUCUGGACCAGCUAUAGGUCAGUCCGUCUCGCAAUUGUUUUUAGUUUCAGUUUUCAGUGAUCGUUUCCGCCAGGAGGUCGCUAUUUGGUCGGAAGAUUCAGGGUCUGUCGCUUAUGUAUGUUGAAAACUGCUCAAUUGUUGAGGGAGAAGACAGAACAAGAGUUUGGAGCUAUCGCACCAGCAAUCGUUCCGGCAGGGACAGUGUCGCGACGGUCCGUCCACAAACUUUGGGUCACUCUAACCAAUCAAUUCGUUCGAGCUGCUUUCUCAAAUCGUGUUAUUUUCAUUUUUUGAGGAGAACUCAAUGAUUGGCUCUGGGAUCAAGUCGAUGGUUCAAGCGCCUCCCGGGUAUCGCCUUGUCGGAGCUGACGUCGACUCUCAAGAACAGGUCUCUUCGUUUUUUCUUCUUUUUAUACAACGAAUUUUCAUUUUAUAGUGGUUGGCUGCUCUUUUCGGUGAUGCUUGCGAAGAGAAAUCCCUACGUGAGUCCUUCUUCUGAUUAUAGGAGCCGUGGAGUUUCAGCGAUCGCUGAGCGCGUGGUGGGAAAAACGGCCUUCUCGAACAUGAUGCUCGGCGGCUCCAAAAGCGACGGCACCGAUCUCCACUCCGUCGUCGCCAAACAGCUCUCCAUCAGUCGUGGCAACGCAAAAGUUGGUUGUUGCGAUGUGGAGAUUAUAGAAGGAGGGUGUUUGGAUUCUCUGCAUAAGUCUUCCUAAGCUCGAGCUAAAUUUUAGAGGAAUGCAUUAUUCUGGGCGAAAACUAAUCUUUACAACAUUGAAAGACUCUCACAGCCAAUAGGUGAUCCUUGUUUGACAUGAAACGGCCGCGCGAUAUACAACUUUCUUUUACUCGUUCUCCAAUCGUUUCUCAUUUUUCCUUUCUUUCUCAUGAAUAUUCAUAUUAAAACAAACGAAUUCCGUGUAUAAUCUUCGCUCGAAGUGGUCGCUCUCAUGUCGAGACUUCCAUCUAGGAUUUCCGGGCUCCAGCUACAACAUUCGCUAUAGUCUGAGUCCGUCAAGGCGUUCUAGUUCGCCAAAGAAUGUUGUUCGUUAUAGCUUUUAAAGUUCUUGUUCACCGCCUAGUCGAUUACAUCUAUAUCUAAAACAACAAAGUGAAUGAUUUUAUUUGAUUGACUUGUCUCAAAUAAAUGAAAAAUAAUUUUCAUGCAUUUUACGCAUUUAACUUUAUUCUGAAAAUGUUCAAUAGACUCAGCUAUUUUAAAAGUAGACGUUGAACUACGCUCGACUCUACGGGUCUGGCGAGAAACAUGCUUGUCGGCAUCUGAUGUUGGUUGGGGCGAUGAAGGAAGAGGACGCCAUCCACACGGCCCACGAACUUUUCCGGAUCACCAAAGGCGAAGAAGGAAAGUCAGUUUGUCACAGAAUUAUGAUUUUGAGCAGAAGAAAAGUUCCAUUCGAAGUAGAAGUAUAUAUUUUAAAGGUGGAAGAAAUUGAAGAAGGAAGCGGUCGGAUUGUUGGAUAAGUACGUAGAAGAAAAAGUUGGCAAUCUUCACUUGCUCAGCGUCGACGGAGAAUAUUAUCUUCCGGAUUAUUCUAACCGAUUGGGGUAUGUGCGAAUAUUUGAGUAUAUUCAUCGAGUUCAAGGCGCUCGACGCAAAAUUUCGAAGAAUGGCUCAUGAGAUCGUUGGCGCAAAGUGGGCUGAUUGAUGUGAGUCGUUCGUAUGCGAUUUAACAUACAUUUCUUUUCAUGAAAGCCAUUGAAUGAUUUGAGGAAUCUUUCAACAAUGAGAAGUUGUUCGAGACAUUUGUACCGCGUCUAUACGAAGACUUCAUCAAGACUCGUAGUUUCUACUACGGCGGAUAGUAAGUCAAUUUUUGAUGACAUGAAUACCAUUUUUUUUUUUUUGAGUGAAUCUUCGACUUUCAAUUUUUUGGAAAUGGCCGCGGAAACGCAGAAGCUGAAAACGCCGGUUUUGGACUGUCAACUAGCCGGUAAUAGUAGUAUUCAAUCAAAAUAAAUAUUUUCAGACAACGGUUUUACUCGAUUUUCUGGAAAUUCAUCCCAGCUAGGGAGAUGCGACGGAGGAAAAAUAGAAAAAUGAUCUGUGGUUACUUUUAGAGCAAAAUAUAGUUUUUUUAGUUGCCUCAUUCUAGUUAUUUAUCGUUGUGAGAAAUUUGGUUCGAAUGUUUCGAAUAACUUCUUUUUAUGUGGUUGGAAUUAAGUUCAUUAGUUUAAAUAAAGGAUGGGUGACAACUGAAAACUCAAAUCACCUAUUUUUUUCCUCUUUUUUUUUUAAACUAUCAGAAACAUUUAGAAACGUGGUAUUAAAUUCCAAAGCUCUGAACGUUUUUUCAACACCAGACUUGUACGUAAUCAAUACGAAGGUUUCAGAUUCCCUUGCUCAUUUGCCAGUUGAAACUCCGCGCGCCUUGUCCUACCAGAGAAAGUACAAAAGAUCUGUCAUGAACUGGGUCAGUGAAAAGGUGGCAAACAAGAAAGUUCUUUCCCGUGAAGACUGUCCAAUCGUCGGCCGUCGACUUCUUGCAUCUGUUGCUCGUCUCGAUGGAAUGGCUCUGCAAGGAAUACGCGAUCGACGCUAGAUUCGUCAUCUCCAUCCACGACGAAGUUCUUUCCCAGAUACUUCUGAAACCGUGACGUAAUUCAGGUGCGAUACCUGUGCUCAGAAUGCGAAGCGCCGCGCGUCGGUCUGGCCCUCAUGCUCUCCAACAUGUUCGUCAGAGCGUUCAUCUCCGAAAAAGUCGGAAUUCCUCAGCUGCCAUUGGUCAGUCUGAAAAAUCUCAAAAUUUCCAGGCAUUAGUAAGAUAUUCGGGUUUAAAGAAAACAUUUAAUGCGCAGUCGUUUUGGAUGUCUUAAAUUGAUAUCUCAGAGGACGACCCAUCGUCAGAAUUUUCCGUCGUGCAAUAGUUCGAAAAUUAUUUUUUUUUAGUAACGACAACGCGUAUGCGGAAACUUCGAAAUUUUUUUUUUUGGUCGAACAUCUUAGAUAUUUUCUCUCCAGUCAGUUGCCUUCUUCUCUCAAGUUGAUUGUGACACAGUCUUGCGUAAAGAAAUCGAUUCGGCUUGUUCAAAUCCUGAUGGUUCUUCUAUUCCGAAAGGUGAGAGAUAAGAAAGCGUUCUUUUCAAAACCCUUGCUCUGCAGGUGUAGCUUGGGACAUUGAUGAUUUGCUGAGACUCACUGGCGGAAGUCUGAAAAAAAGUUGUUAA